GCGUUUUCCCGACGGCUGCUGUUUACCUCGUCGAGGGGCUCUUUAAAACCGGAGAGACAUGGACGAGGAGGCUCAGGACAGCGAGUGUCCGGUGUGUUACGACAGUCUUUCGGACAGCGCCAGGACGCUCAGCUGCGGGCAUCACUUCUGCCAUGACUGCUUAGUACGAACUCUGGUGAACACCAGCCAGAACGGAUUCAUUAAACGGGAUAAUAUCAUCUGCCCCGUCUGCAGACACCUGACCUUCAUCACUAAGUUUCACGGAUUGACAGUUUCAACGGUUGAAGCCAAAAAGAUCGGAAAGACACUGGAAGUACCAUCUAUACCCACUCCUAUAUUGCCAGUUGGGUCUUAUACUGGAGGUCUUGGCUGUAUCUGCAGGUGUCUAAGGAGUAUUUCAUGUAGACUAUGUAGACGAAGACUCGUCUGUCCUAAAGAUGCUUCAGAAGUGUUCAUCAUAAGUGAGCUGGGUCGACCCAUGACAGAGGGUGAUGUUAUUGACAUUGGGACAACUUCAGCCAUGCAGCAGGACUAUAGCGGCAAUAGACAGAGGCUUUGCACCAUCUCCUGCUGCCUUCUGAUCCUAAUGAUCACCUUCACCUUACUGGCACUGGUGGCUGCCACACUUCCAUGGGUUUUGUUGGCUUAAAGUGCUUCUAUGUGGUACCUCGAUCGCUUUUAUCAUUAAGCCAUACUGUCGCAAAAAAGAGAUGUACUGACUGGUUUGAAAGUCACAUUGAAUGUUUAAUGAAAAACAGACGGUUAUUGUGAGAUCUUUUCCAAGGCUUGUUCUGGCAUGUCUUGUGGGGAGGCAUUAUGGAGAAAGCUUGCUUACAGAAGAGUCAAAUGGGAUAUAUAAUGUUACUGUACAGAUACACAAAUGUUUUGUUCUGGAUCUGAAUGUAGAGUUGGUCUUGAGCUUGAAACGCUUCCCUCAUCAAGUUACCGUGAGGAGACUGGGUCAUUUCAACGUGAAGAAGAAAAGACGAGCUGGUCGUCUGGUUGUCACCUGAUCUUAGAAACACAGUGGGAUUCAGUUACAACUACCAUGGACACAGCAAGUUUGAGAAUGGAGGAUGGGGAAGGGUGUGAUGAGGCUCUACUUUGAGCUUUAACUCUACGGAAUGAAACACGCCCUCGUCUGUCCAGAAAUUCCUGUCACACGGGCUAUCAGACUUCUUCAGCUAGUUCCAGCCCCGAAAUGAUUAAUACCUCACAUUCUGUGCAAGUUAAUAGUCAUUACAUGAUUGGAGGGUGUUUCUGUGACGUACCUGUACAGAAAUGCCAUUUCAGACUCGUGCACGUGUUAGUACUAGUUCACCCCAUUGACCAAUGUGUCGUCUCCCAGAGGACAGUUUUAUUGCUCAGAGUUUGCUCUUUCAUGGUUCAGGUGAUGUUUGAAGUAUCAGUUUGUCCCAGAUUUUUUUUCUUAGUCUUUCGGUGAAACACACGCCAAUGAGACGUUCUGUGAAGGUUCACAGCAUUGGCCAACAGAAACCUGCUUGGUUUGAAAGUGACUUUCAUGUGAGCUUUUUGCCUGCUGAAAUGUCACUAAUGUGACUGCACUUUAAAGACCCGUUCACACCAAGAACGUUAACUAUAAACAUAACUAUAGACCUGUUUUCUGAGUAAACGAUAAGCGCCGCCAUUACAAAUUCUAACUUCCGAUUUUAUUGCUCUUUUGUUCCGGUUUCCAUAGGAACCCAUUCAAAUAGCAUCUGUCUGUUUCUAACAUCGGCUGCUCCGUGUCAUCUACACACUCGUUAAACUUUGAGGAGUGAGGCACCGAAAAAUGUCGUUGCGACAUUGCACACGCUAAGCACGCGCCGUGUGUUUUUUAAAAACAUUUUAUCAGGUUUAACAUUAGAUAUAGGCUAAAGUGUUUGGAGGGGUUCAGAGGGUCAGAUUGAGCUGUUGUUUUUGUACAGAAGCAAUUAUAUACAAUUGUAUAUGACCUUUUCUAUGCAAAACCAAUAAAAAAUUGAUCCCUCCCCCCAAAAAAACAUUAGAUAUAGGCUAAAAUCGGAAUAUACGGAAUAUACAUAAUUUGACUAGAAACGCUGGAGACCGGAAAUGCAAAGCAUUCUUCAAGUUAAAAGUCAAGUGUGACUUCCGGGUUCAGGAAAAACGUCUAUAUUAGCGUCCACACCAGCGGACGAUAUUGUCUGCCGCUUGAGCUUGAACAUUUUUAUCGUUCAUCAGCUGAAAAAAUCAUAAAUUCUCAAGCUCGCAAUAGCAGGAUUAAUUCUGUCUGGGUGUCAUUUAUUUUAUCGUUCAUCAGCUGAAAAAAAAACGUAAAUUCUCGAGCACGUGAUAGCAGGAUUGAUUCUAAUUGGGUGACAUUUUUAUUAUUGUAUAUCAAUAAUAAAAAAAAUGUAUUGUAUAUCAGCUGGAAAAAAAUAAUUCUAAAAGCGAUUCCAAACAGAUCUCAAGACAAUUUGUACAUAUUUUACGAGGUGGCUAAUUCAUACGAAUUCGAACAAUCUGACUUGUGCUAAAUCGUAUGUGUAUUACAAGUUCCCCAAUUAGUAUGAAUUUGCACGAAUUACCUACCACUAACCCCGUCCCUAAACCUCCUCAUCACUAGGUCUAGACAAUCAUAUAAAAGUAAAAUACAUACAAAUUGGUCCUAAAACAGCAAAGGCAAUUCCGACGAUAUUCGUUUGUGGCUUUAUUGUUAUAGCUGUGGUGUGGAUACUGAGAAUGAUUUUUAGAACUAUAUCGCUAUCGAUAUCUUUAUAGUUAUUGUCCUUAUUGUGAACAGGCCUUAGAAGUAUAGAGCUAGAAAAUUAAAUAUGAAUUACAUAGCCCAUGCUAUUUGGUUUUGGAAGUAUUAGAUGGAGAAAAAAAAAGUGUUCAUAAUAAAAUGUCUGACUUUUACAUGACAAAGACUUUUACUGACAUACAAUAUAAAACUAUAAAAUUACUGUGGAUCAUCAGCCUACACUCUUAAAAAUAAAGGUGCUUCAUGAUGCCAUAGAAGAACCUUUUUUGUCUAAAUGGUUCCAUACAGAACCUUUAAUAUCUGAAGAACCUGUUCCACAAAAUGUUUGGUGAAAGAAGGUUCUUCAGAUGGCCUUUGGCUGAAUGGUUCCUUGUGGUACCAGAAAUGGUUCUUCUAUUGCAUCGCUGCGAAGAAUCUUUUAAAGCACCUUUAUUUUUAAGAGUGUAUAUUUAACAGAAUUAGUAAGAACUAAAAAUGUUUGAGUUCAUACUGAGAUACAAUUUCAAACAUCUAACUUUUCACUUAAAAAAAAAAAAAAAAAAACAUAAUGACAAUCAAAUCUUGUCUUCAUUUACAUCAUUUUAGGAUGUAGACAUUGCUACUGCAGCAGUUUGAGGUGAACAACACACAAGCAAACAAAAGCACUUAGACCAGAAGUAUUACAAAUGUAGAGUUUAAUAUAUAUCUAUGUAUUUCUGACAUUCUGAUAAGGACUGCGGCAGGCUUCACAGUACAGACUGUGUUCUUCCACUGAUA